AUGGGUCUAUAGAAAAUACGAACAGAUAAUGGAAGUUAAAGAUAUCUCUCCCUUGUCAAACAAGUUUUGUGACCUCAGAAGUGGUUAGUAGUGGGUGAAUCAUUGACUGACUGCAACAAAGGUAGGAACAAUUCUUUAUAUGGCAGGUUGGCCUCCCGGUUGGAUGAUUUUUCCCAAACAAUGAGGACAUUUAAUUAAGAGGUGGGUGCUUAGUCAGACCUGUAAAUAUGUGGUGGAAUGCUGAUAGACUUAACUCUUUUUGUUGAACUAAUAGUCAUUAACAAAUUCCAAAAGUGUUAGUUUCCUGCACUAUCCUAAGUAAUAAAUAGAAAGCACACACAACCUAUUAUCUAAAACACACGACACGGGGAUUCUCAAUCUCAUGACCAACUGUAGUUCUCUAAACAAGUGAUAGAUCAACUAGUAUUCUCUCAAUAAUACAGUCACCUAGAUUAAGUCAUUUGUUUUAAAUAUUAAUUCAAAGUCCCUAUCCAAAAGUCAGCAGCCAGAUUAGUCAAAUAGCAUAGUUCUGGAAGGACAGACGGAACCGUUGUCGUUUCAUAUAAGCCUCCUUUCUGUCCCUCGCUGCGCACUGUAGAAGCAGGAAGAAGUGCUGUAACAUUUUAAAUACAUUGCAUUCCCGUCCUCUUUGAGAUACAACUAUUAGAAUGGAGGCUGAAACUACAAAGUUGCUUAAUAACGGCUCACGCUGCAUAUUUUUCAAUACAGAUUCAGACGACUAUCGAUGUGUGGUGAUUUUAACGGUGAAGCGAGCAACGGGCACCUUCUCAUUAGUUGGAUGCUUUUUCAUGCUGUUUGUCAUCUGGUUGCUGCGCAGGUAUCAGUCUUUGGCUCAGAAGAUGAUUCUUAGCCUGACAGUAGCAGCCUUCUUUGACAGCGCAGCAUAUGUCAUGGGUGAGUCCCAUCCGGAAGGCUUUCUGUGCGCUUUUCAGGGGCUGUGGCUCACUUACUUUGACUGGUGUGCCCUGGCCUGGGUCUGCCUCAUCACAUUUAACCUCUACCUCAACCUGGUCAGAGAGAUCAGCACCAGCAGAUAUGAGACAUUGUACCAUGUGACCGCCUGGGGGCUGCCUCUCAUCAUGGCUGUCCUGCCCUUGCUGAAGGGCUGCUACGGUCCGGCGGGAGCCUGGUGCUGGAUCACAGACAAUCACGUAGCCUGGAGAUUUGGGAUGCAGUGGCUUGUAAACUCCUUCAUCUCCGCCCUCGGCCAUGUCUUGUGUACACAAGCGCAGCUGGCCCUGCGGUCCCGACUGUGUGACAGCACGCGUAUCGGGGAGUACCACCCCGGGGCGGUGCGCUACACGCAGGCCGACCUGACGGAGGACGAGGAGGACCUGGACGCCAACGUGCUCUUCUUCUCACCCCACAUGACCCUGAAGGACCGCACGCCCUGAGAGGGGAGGAGGGAGGG